CCCCGACCUGUGAUAAAUUUGAAUAAAAAUAUUGUGACCUCGCGGUGCGCGUGCGCAUCAUCUCUAUAUAAACGGCGGGCGGGCGACGGGCGCGCAGUCGUAUUGCAAUAAAACAACAUGAAGCUCCUCAUCCUGAGCCUGGCGGUGGCGUGCGCCGCGGCGGACGUCUCGCACAUAGUGCAGCAGGGCGGCGAGAGGGAGGCCAAGAUAUUGCGGCAGGAGUUGGACGUGGGUCUGGAGGGCAACUACCAGUACGCGUACGAAACAGAGAAUGGCAUAUCGGCGCAGGAGCAGGGCGCGUUGAAGAACGCCCAGUCUGAAAACGCCGCCCAAUCAGUGCAGGGCGAGGCGCAGUGGACCGCGCCCGGCGGCGAAGUCAUACAGCUCCAAUACAUAGCGGACGAGAACGGCUACCAGCCGCAGGGCUCCCACCUGCCGACCCCGCCUCCGAUCCCCGAGGCGAUCCUCAAAGCGCUGGAGUACAUCCGAGCACACCCCCCGCCGCCUGAAUCCUAAUCACCUACCCAGCUAGCUUAGUAUAAGAAUAGCAUGUGAUCAUAUUGGACAUUUUAAUUAAUUUAAUAUCUGAAUUAAUGUCAAAGUAAAAAAUCAAAAGAUUUGACUUUUUAAAAAUAGAUUUACCUUUACAUUAAAUUCUGUAGAAACGAAUUGUAAUUUGUAAUUUAAAAAAGAUAACAUUUAAAAUGACAAUUAAAAGAAAAUUUUAAUAUCUAUAAUUUAACAUAUAAUAACAAAUUUUAAGAUAUAAAAUUGGUGAAUACCAUAUUAAAUUACAUAUUAUUUAUUCCUUUUAUACGUAAAAUAUCAAUUAAACCAAAAUUGAUUUAAUAAACUUUUGACGUGUUAAUAAGAGUAAUGUGAAUUGUUAAUUUUAAAUUGUAAUUUAAAUUGUAACAAAACAACAGUAUA